AUGUCUCUAAGAUACGAGCAAGAAAUAAAUUCUAGUUUGGCAUACAAUACUCGUAGCGUUAAGACGAUUGCUUCGAGUCGCGUAAUUAGAAAUAAACCAGCAAGAAAUACUAAGUCUGAAGUGGAUCCAUACCCAAAUCCACCAACUUCUACUUCGAAAUCAACAGCUCGUGCAUGUCCAAAAUGCAAAGAAUCUUCAAAUUGUAUAAAUAUGUUGAAUAAAGAAUUUCAUAAAAUAGAAGAGUUGGUUGAUUUAUUUGAAACUAAUAAAGUAAUCGAGAUCAGAAAUAGAUGGCUCAAAACUUUAGAAAGUUAUUCAACCAUGAGUUUCGAAGAUCUCCAAAGACAAGUUAUGAUAACUACAAUUUUGACACAAUCACAAUCAGCCUAUCGAGUGACAAAUAUAUCUGAACCUCAAGAAAAUGGUCUUGUUUAUCCCAUAAACUUAGUCACUUACCCCAAUGACACUAUUGCCAUUCGAUUAUCUCACAAUUUAACUUGUCCAAUUAGUAGUAAUAUUACACUUCCACUUCGUUUCAUUUUUCCAAACUUGACGCUUACUAUAGUGAAUCUAGAUUACGCUUUUGAUCCUGUUAAUUAUUGUCCUACAAAUCAGACAAAUACUACCUUAUCAGACCAGAUGAACAUUUUUGCGAUACCAGUCCCCGAUAAUUCACCUAAUACGGUCCAAUAUUAUGGCCUUAUCGUAUCAACUUAUG